AUGGGCUAUGCACAGAAAAAGAAGGACACCAACGCCCGCGCCCUCGUCAGCAACGUGGACUACAACCUGAUGGCGUUCUUCGCUACCUCCUGCUCUCAGUUGAGCGGCGAGGUCGCGUCAGGACCGUCGCUAGCUGAGCCGCAGUCCGAGCCAGCCUGGCCUGCCUGCCCUGGAGGCAGCCGUCGCCAUGUCGCCCAGCCCUCCCCCCAGGAGGACCCCGUCGUGCGAGAGCUCGGAAUAUCCUUGUCGGAGGACGAGGAGGUCGGAUGGGAGGAGUGGCUCCAGUGUUUUUGCGGGACAGCCGAGUCAGUAGAGGCAGUGGGAGUGUGA